CUUAUCCCAUCCUUUCGCUUAAAGAAGCAAUCUUACAAGAAAUCUAUUUCAAACAUGAUUUGGACAGAUCGAGCAGCUCGAUGAAUCUGUAAUUAAACUCUAGUAUUUAUGUUUGGCACUUGCUAUGCUACGUAAAUUUCCGUAGGAGAAUUCUUACAACGCCGAUUCGUCUACCACAGACAGCUAUCUUAGAGAUAAGUUUCGGACAGCUAGAAGAAUGGCAUCCAGGAGAAAGAAGGCGAGCUCUCAACCAAAGCCACCCAGGAACAGAAAGAAGGGCCCUUCAGAUGUCCGUGUUAGGAAAGAUGGGUGAUAUACUACGUACUUUAAAUACUGUAUUUUUGCCGAUUUUUGGAAUAGCGCCCAAAUACGGUUGCCAGCUUGGAGACUUUUCCACUCGAUAUUGCAUACCACACAUCAUGGAACAUCUUGGCUAGGCGAACUCGGUUCCUCUCGGCUUGACUUGUCCGAGAUGUACAAUUUAUACAAACUUUUAUACCAAUUAAAGAUCGAGCUGCGACGUGCGGUUGACGUUCUUGCUUGAUACAACUCUCCACCCGCUCAAAUUCCACAGUAUAAAUUUACCAACGACUGGCAUGACCUAGGACAUGGAUAUGACCUUUGGACCAAGCAGUUUUCAUGGGAGCAUCCACUUCGAAUUCGACGCAAAAGGCCUGGUAACACCACUUUAGGUCCAUCUCGAUUUCUCCUCGAGUUUGUAUAUCCGCGGGUCCCCAAAGAUGCCUCGGAUCUUCAUCCUGGGAAAGUCCUAAGAAGACGUCUCCGAGAAAGCCAAGAAGAUUAUUACUUCUUUGCGAGGCCACGUCAUUACCAGAAAUAUAUCUGCACGCCAAUGCACGAUUGAUCCGGCUGGCCCAUCCUUUGAAAAGAAGGGGACGAUGCGGAAUUAGCUUUCAAGUCGAGCCAUUUACCUAAACUGUUCAAUAUGGGGCUGGGGAUUUGGGAGGAGGAAGCCACAAAGGUCAUUUUGAGCUCUAUGGAGGUGGCUUAUGAUAGGAAGCAUUGGAAAUGGUAUUAGGAGAAUUGUUUGGCUGUGGCAACGAAAUCGCGUAAGCUUCCAGUAUAUUUGGGCUUCGCGU